CGUGACUUCGCGUUUCCCUAGGCAGGCGCGGCCCGCCCUCAGCAGCCUCCACUCUUAACCGCGCCGGCGAUUUCACGUCGCCCCAGAAAGUCUGAACCACAAGUUCACAACUCUAGACAUACAACUUGCCUUUGUGACCACCUAGACCUUCAAUGUUUCGAGUAUCGUCUCCGAUAUGUCACCGCCAUCUCCUAAGCGCAAAGCGUCAGACGCGCCCAUUUCCCCGCCGCCUCUCAAGCGCAAAGUGCAGAGCGGCACGACCAAGAGCGCUGUUGCAAGCUUCUUCACACCUGCAUCCCAGAAACCGAAAGAACGGACAUUAUGGACAGAGCGAGCGCCUGACGACGAUUCCCCUGCAACGCUGCUCGUGGGUAGAUACGAGCCAGAGCAAGCUGAGGACAAGACAAAAGUCAGGCGAAAAAUCGCGGCAUUUGACCUGGACUCCACGUUGAUUACGACGGCGUCGGGGAAGACACAUGCGAACGGUGCCACUGACUGGAAAUGGUGGAGCAACCAGGUCCCUGGCAGAUUACGGCAGAUGUAUGAGGAGGAGGGAUACCGGGUCGUCAUAUUGUCAAACCAGGCCGGGCUUACGCUUCACUUCGAUGCCAACCACAAGGGACCCAAGGCCGGAGCGCAGAAGCGGGUAUCCGACUUUAAGCUCAAGUGCAACAGCGUCCUGAAUCACCUCGAUCUGCCAACUACUAUUUACGCAGCCACAGCCAAGGAUAUGUACCGCAAGCCCAGGUUGGGCAUGUGGAAAGAGCUGUGCGAUGAUUACGACAUUCCCGAGGACGAGAUUGAUCUUGGUGCGAGUAUCUUUGUGGGCGACGCCGGUGGUCGAGUCGCCUCCGUAGCAAACCCCAGCACGGGCGCUGUUGCUGCGAAGAAGGAUUUCAGCUGCUCGGACCGCAACUUUGCGCACAAUGUGGGCAUUGAAUACAAGACACCGGAGGAGUUCUUUUUGGGGGAGAAGCCCCGUGAGUUUGUAAGAGAUUUUGAUCUGGCGAGCUAUUCGUUUGUCGAGAACGGUGCAGCUGCCGAGCAAAGGGUGUUUGAGAAGGCCAACAAACAGGACAUUGUCCUCUUUUGCGGUCCGCCGGGUGCUGGCAAGAGUACGUUCUUCUGGACGCAUCUCCAGCCACUUGGCUACGAGCGGAUCAACCAGGAUAUUCUGAAGAGCCGAGAUAGAUGUGUCAAGGUCGCGCAGGAGUAUCUCCAAGACGGCGAGUCCGUCGCGAUAGACAAUACAAAUGCAGAUGUCGAUACCAGAGCCGUUUGGGUCGAGGUGGCUCGCAAAGCCAAGGUGCCGAUUCGAUGUGUGUGGUUCAAGACGCCGAUACACGUUGCUCAGCACAACGAUGCUGUCCGGUCACAGAACAAGGUCCUGAACCGCGAAGGUCGAUCAGGCCUGCCGCCAAUGGCUUUCAGUGGAUUCGCCUCCCGACACAAGGAACCUCGUCUGGAGGAAGGAUUUCAGGACAUUGUCGAGAUGCCUUUUGAGUUCAAGGGUACCAAAGAAGAGUACGAAAUUUGGGCAAGAUAUUGGUGAGAACCACGGAGCACAGGUGCAGUUUAGAUGGCCGGGGAACGCCUUGACGCAACACUUGUCAGUAUGACGGCU